GCGGAAUCCAGAGGAGCGACGACCGAGCGAACGGGUGAAAACCGAGUGGGACGGAGCAAGCGGAGCGGGACGGGACGGGACGGGACGGGGCUCCAGCGAGCGUCAACUCUACGGUGCGUCGGAUCCGCAGGAGAGACUCGACAGUGGGUAUGAGUUUUAGGGGUGGUCAAGAUGUCAAGCGACAGCGAUAACGCCUGUUCGAUACGCCAUCAUGCUCACAAGCGCAGGAAAGUUGUCAUAAGCGACAGUGACAGCAGCGACGAAUCUAUUAUUGUACAAACUCGACGGAGGAAGAAAAUACUUAGAGUCGUUAGCGAGGGGGAGAGUAGUAGCGACGAUAGUGAUGUACCUAAACCUGUGAUUAGACGACAAAACCAUAGAGUUAUUAGUGAGGAUGAAUCUAAUUACGAUAGUAGCGCGGAAAGGAGCAAAUCCACUCGGAAUGAUAACAGCAGCAGUAGUAGCACCAGCAGCAGCAGCAGCAGCAGCACAUCAUCCGAGUGGCAGUCUGACUGGGCCAGUUCUGACGAGCUGGACGAAGAUGUAAAGAAGUAUAAUUCCAAACGUAAAGUUUUAUCCAAGACCAAGAGCGAGAAUGCGGACAAAGCCGGUUCUUCGUCCAACAACGCCGUCGCCAACUCCGAGAGCAGCGACGACCAGUCGGAAAAGUGUCCCAUAUGUCUGCUGCCGUUCAGGAGACAGCAAGUCGGCACUCCGUCUGUAUGCGAUCAUUGCUUCUGUCUCGAGUGCUUACUGGAGUGGAGUAAGAACAUUAACACUUGCCCCGUGGACCGCAUACCCUUCACUAUGAUCGUUGUUAGGGAUCAGUUCGAUGGCAAGGUCGUAAAUCAUUUACCAAUAGAAUCUGUGCCACGUAUUGAGAAUAGUGUGCUGGACGAUCCAACAUUUUGCGAGAUAUGUCAUCAGAGUGACAGGGAAGAUCGAAUGUUGCUUUGCGACGAUUGCGACCGUGGCUAUCAUAUGGAAUGUUUAACGCCCCCGAUAACGACGGUUCCCAUCGAAGAGUGGUACUGUCCGGGGUGUACUCGAAACAGCUCGACUAGAACGUAUUUGUCGAGUUUUGUGCCAACUCUUGUAGGAUCAGGGAGAAAUCCUAGUCGGGUCCUCCGUGAAAUAAGAAGAAAUCUAAGCAUAUUCCGUAGUAUGCUUCCUCGUACGUACGUACCUGCCAGCCGCACUCGCAGAGUGCGCGAUGACGAUCCGCGACACGUUAUCAGGCAACUGAUCAAUCCGACCCAGCCGUCUACUUCGUCCGGCAUCGACUCGAUUGGUGACAAUAGUCGAAGUCGCUCGCCGAACAAUAGUUUGGAAGGUAACGCUUCUUCCACGCGCUCCAACACAAAGUCCAAGUCUAAAGGGACGAAAAGGAAAAAGAAAAGACUCGCGAAGAACUCGAAGAGCGGCAAUCUAGUUCGGGAGGUGCGAAUCAAGGAAUUCAACGACAAUGGCGAAGAGGAAGAGAUAGUGACGUAUGUCAAAGUCGCAUCGUCCACGUCGAGGAGGAAGUGUAAGAAAAGAACAAAGAAAACGCGCAAGAGGAGAAAAUACAAGCGGCGGGCGCGCGCCGAGGCGUCCGUGUUGACUAGCACGCGAACGGUAAAGAGAAGACUGGCCUCGACACUCGGUAUGGAGAAGCCGAAGGUGCCGCUGCUUGUACCUACCAUGAAAACUAGCACAUCUAUUCCUGAGAAAAGCGUUCUCACGAGCGCCCGAUACAGCGCCGGUAUACCUCAAGUCAGUCUCUUUGGAAAUAAUCUGGGACUAGAUUACAGUCCACCUGGAUCGGAUGACGACGGCGAAUACUCCAUGGGGAUUGGAAGUGGUCCGCUGGUAAGCGUGCGGCAACGACGAUCAGCGGUGCCGUCUAUCAGACGCCGCACCGUUUUGAAAGCCAUCGCCGAUCCGGUCGGCGAGCCGGAUAACGCCAUAACAGACCUGCUGAGCAGCAUAAUGAGCAACCAGGAGCUGUGGCACUCGAGCAAGAAGAAGAACGACGUGAUCCUGAAGGCGGACGGUACGCUGCUGGUGAACAGCCCCGGGAAGGAGAACAAGCACAGUAUCAACAACAACGAGAGCCCGAGGAAGGAGAAGCGGGACGAGGAGGUCACGCGGCGCCAGGAGGCAAUUCUGGAGGAGGUGGACGCGCCGUUGGACCUGUCCAGCGUUAACUCCAACGACAUCACGCAGGCGCCGAUGUACAACAACCCCUGCGGCGGGGGUGGCGGCAGCGGCGGCGGCAGCGGCGGCAACCGGGGCAACUUCCGGGGCGGCUACGGCCGCGACAACGGCCGGCACGGCGGCCGGGACUCGUUGCCGCCGGGCGGCGGCGGUAGACACAGCUACGGCGGUGGGACCGGCGGCGGCGGCCCGCGGGACAACUUCGGGAACCGCGACUUCGGCCCGCCGCCGUUCUACAACCCGAACUUCGAGCACUGCGGUGGGCCGCCCAUGUUCGGCGCCCACGCGCCACCGCCGCCCUUCCGCAGUCGCAAUCCCCAGCACUUUCGCAACGAGCGAUUGCGUUUCCCGCCGCCGCCUCCGCCUCCGCCGCCGCCGCUUCCCGCCGAGCGACCGUUCGGUUACGCGGACGGCACUGGCGGCGGCGGCGGCGGCGGCGGCGGCGGCUUCGAGCAGAGGCCGCCGUUUCCGCAUGUGGCGGACAGAUUCCCUCGGCCGAGGCCGCCUCCGUUGAACGUCCCACCUCCCAGCGGUCCCUCCAUCGUGUCGCCGAGUGUACCGGAUCCUAUCAACAUGCAGCAGCACGUACACAACAGUCUACCCUCGGUUAACUUGCCGGAGGACAUGACGAGGAGCUACCAGCCGCCGCCCGAGCAGAGCGAGCGCGUCGUCAUGCCGGACUCCAUAUCGCCUGUAAUCGCGUCACCCACAGCCGCGUCGCCUGCCACGCGGCAGGACAAUGACGACUGCGAUAUUUACUGCGACAUCGAGCCACCGUCCAAGCCCGAUUGCGACGCGCAGGAGGAGCUUCGCGGUAAUGGCUCGAUGAUUCUUCUACCGCCGCCGGAGCCGCCGUCCGGCUUGCUCGACUUCGAGGAGAACUCGAGGAGCGACAAGGACGACAGCGAGCAGGAAUUAGUGAUCGACGACAGCCACAAGGAGGACACGCCGAGGGAUCCACCGGUGAGCGGAGAUAAGUACGAUCCGUUCGCGGCCGACAGUGACAGCAAUGACGACGCUGCCGCCGCCGCUGCUGCUGCCGCCGCUACUGCUGCUGCUGCUGUUGCUCCGAAGGCAGAGGGCUCGCGGAACAGCUUGGACAGUUGUAACAUACCUAUGCCGCCGCUGGUCUCCACGACUUACCCCUCGACGGCGAUCCAGGACAGGGAGCGUGGGCAGGAGCCUGUUCGGCUGACCGCGUACGACGACGAGGACGACAACGACUCGCAGUCGGAUUGCCCGAAUUUCUCCAUCUACUCGUCGCAGACCAUGGACGUGGCUAGACACACGGAGCAAGAGUUGUCCCAGCAGCUCGGGCCGUUGCAGCCGCCGCCGAUACCGCCCAGCAUCCCCGACGACGACGACAUCAUCGUGGGUGACGUUCAGGCCUGCGACCUGCCGGACGUGCCGCCCGAGCCGGCCGAUCCCUAUCUCGAGGCGCUGCAGAAGGAGCGGCAGGCCCUGAGCAAGAUACCGCCGAAGAAGAUCUCGCACGACUCGCACCGCGGCAAGAUCACCUUCAAGAUCGGCAGCAAGCUCAGGCUGAACAAUCGGCUGAGUGGCCUGCACUCGGACGAUCACUCGCAGAACACGAGUUUCCUUCAGAAGAGAACGACGACGACGACGGCACCGCCGGUCGACAAGCAGCAACAGCAGGAGCGAGACGGCGACAAGGGCGUCAGUUCGUCCAAGUCUGGGACGGAGUCCACAACCGUGCGGUCAACGGCGUUGAACCAAUUCGUGAAGAUAGGCCCGCGAUUUCCCGAGGAAGGCGAAGAAGAAGAAGAGGAGGAGGAGGAGGAGGAGGAGGAGGCGGAAAAGAGCACGGAACCCGUUACGGCGACUUCGAAGAAGAAAGAGCCACUGAAGCCAGCUGGUUGGCGCGACAGCAAGGAUUUCCGCUUGGACAGCUCGUCGGACGAGGAAAGCGCGAGGGUGAAUGAGAAACCGGGUCAGCACGUCGACGCGUCGUCCAGCAGGGAGGAGGACGAGGACAGCGAACGGAAAGUGUCGCGAUCGACGCCGGUUGAGGAUGUCGCGGUUGCGGAAGGCGCGGCGUCGUCCGCUCUCGACGAGGCCCCUCCGUCGCCGAGGAGGCUGGACGGCAGUGAGUUGAGCGUGGAGUGCAGCCUGGAGGACUUGGAGGGCGGCGAGACCUCGUUGUCGCGUUCGAAGACCGGGUUGCGAGGUGAGGCGGGGGCGUGCGAGCCGAGUUCGAGCAGCGGCGACGACGACGACGAUGAGCUGAACAGCCACAAGUUUAUCGCGACGGAUCGCGACGACAAGGACGACGACAACGAGGAUCCGAAUUCGUCGGACCAGCGGCACGAGAAGGAGAGCUUCUCGACUGUGGACGACGAGGCGGAGCAGUUCCCGAUCGAGAAGGACAAGCUGGACGAGCCGCCUGCGCCCGCUGCUGCCUGCGUCGACACCAAUUGGGACUCGGACGGCGCUUACACGCCUUGCAAGGACGAGCUGCCCAUGAGGGACGAGAACACGCUGGCGGAGCGGUAUACGGCGCCGUUCGAAGUCGGCUUGGAGCCGAUUACACCGACGAAGGACAAGACGAACGACGACCUGGACGACUGCAGGUCGCCGGCUGGUUACGCCGAGCUGGGCACCGAGGCCAUCUCCGAGACCGACGAGGCGAUAAACUUCGAAGAGGAACUGAACGCCCUGUCGCUACGGAAGGAGAAGGAGAUGGAGGACGGUGAGAUACUGGAUGAGAGCAAGCUGGACGCGAAGGAGCGCGACAAGUUGAAGGAGGAGAAAGAAGAUGACGGCAAGAAGAAAAGGAAGAAGGACAAGAAGGAGAAGAGCAAGGAGAGCACGGAGAAGAACAAGGAGAACAUCUCGUCGGACAACCUGGUUUCGUGGAAGAAACUCUCCAAGAGCACCAAGGAGCGGUCGUACCGCGACAAGGACAAACGGUCGAGGUCGAGGGACAAGGAAAAGGAGAAGGACAGGGACAAGGACAAGUCGAGCUCUAAGAAGAAGACGAAGGAGGUCGGCAAGAAGAAGGAGAAGAGGAAAGAGCUGCCGCGAUACGACGUGAGGAAGAUCGUGGCCGAGAAGCCGCCCCGGCAGCGGAAGGACGAGUACGGCAGGGACAUCAGGGAGAAGUCGCGGAGUAGAUCGCGGAGUCGCUCGUCGAACAAGAUUCAGUCGGGCUCGAAGGACCGACGGAGCCGGUCGUACUCGAAGGGCCGGUCGAAGAGCCGGUCUCGCCUGCGGUUGUCCUGGUCGAGGGAUCGCGGCCAGUCGUACUCAAAGUCGUGCCGCUCCAACUCGCGCAGGAGAUCGUCGUCGCGUGGCAGGCGCAAGUCGCGCAGGCGGUCCUUGUCGAGGCGACACUCCGUCUCGCGCAGGCGAUCGCGCUCGAGGUCGCUGUCGCGCAAGCGGCGCUCGCUGUCGCCCCGAAGACGGACCAGGCGGUCGUUGUCGCGGUCGCGCGACAAGCGGAAGGACAAAACGAAGAAGUACAAGUCGCGCAGCCGCUCGAGGAAUCGCAAGAGGUCGCGCAGCAAGUCGUCCAAGACUCGCGAGAAGAAGCACGGCAAGAGGAAGGCGCACAGCCGCUCGCGUUCCAAGGCCCGGUCGGUCUCGCGGGAGCGGGACCGCAACAGGAACUGGGAUCAGCUGAACGAGAAGAGCGUGGAGCAGGAGCAGCAGUUUCCGCGCGAGCGCGAGGAGCACGAGCGUUCGUGGAGCGCGCAGUGGGCGCCGUCCUGGUCGCGCUCGCGGUCCAAGACGCCGCCGCACAUCCAGCAGGAGGCGAUGGCCUCGCGCAACUGGUCGCCGCCGCCCUCCGUGCUCGACAGCGUGUCGCCGAAGAAUCUGACUGUCAUUCUGACCAACAAGGAGGCGAUCAAGAAGAAGAAGAAGGAGCGCCGGAAAGAGAGCCGGAAGUCCAAGGAGGCGGAGAAGCGGCGGAAGAGCAAGCGCAACAGGACCCCGCCGCCGUCGAAGGAGGUGUUCGCUAGUGGUGACAAUAUACUCGUCAGUGUAUGCUUCAACAAGGACAACGAGAUGAAUCCGUCUGCCACGCCGGAGCUGCCGCCGACCACCAUUCCAUUAUCGCCACCGAUUAAACGACGACGAAGAGAGUCCGUUCAGACGGCGGAGACGGCGCCCUCCGCGAAGCGGUCCAAGAAGGAGAAGACCAAGGACAAGCGGUCCAAGUCGCCGAAGAUAAAGAAGGACAAGAAGAAGAAAUCCAAGGCGGCGGAGAUCGCGGCGACGAAGAAGCCCGUGGCCGUGAUCGACCUGGAUCAAUCCCCGUUCCGCGAGCAAACCCCGUCGCCCCGCGAUGUCAUAGUGCUGAGCGACGACGACGACAAGCAGGCGCAGGAGACGCUCGCCGUGUCGCCGCAGCAGUGUCCCGCGUCGCAGGUGUCGCCGCCGCGCGAGCAGUUCGUUUCGCAGGGCCCGAAGACUCCGCCGGAGCCGCAGAUCAAGUUCUCUAUAAACAAGCAGCCCAGCAAUCUCAGACCGUCCCUGAUCAAUCCGCUGAUGGAGGAGGAAGAGGAGGAGGAGGAGGAAGAGGAGGAGGAAGAGGAGGAGGAGGAGGAAGAGGAGGAGGAAGAGGAGGAGGAGGAGGAGGAAGAGAUGAUGGACGAGCGUGCUGAGGAGGAGCUGGAGAUGCGGGCUCAGGAGGAGCUCGAACUGCGUCUCAAGAUCGGCCCUAACACACCUCCCGAGCCGCCGACGUCCCCGCCAACCUCGCCGGACGCUUACGAUCCCUUCGACCCGACCAAGUCCCGGUCACCGACGCCGGACGCCAGCCAGGAAGCCACGCCCAAUGACGAGCGUGACCGAGCGCAGCGCAACUCGCCUAGGAAGCACGACGGGCCCGCGGACGUUCCGUUGCCGCUGGACGAGCCCAGCCAGCAGCAGGAGCAGCCCAGUCAAGAGAAGCCGAUGGAGAAGCCAAAGAUCAUAUCGAUGGUGACUAUCAAGAGACCGUCGCCGCAGAGGGACGUCUCCGCGUCUCCUGCGCCGGAGAGUCAAGCCGACCUGGCCCAACCGUGUAGCAGCAGUCCGCCCAAGACCCAGCAGAAUCCACAGAGCGUGCCGUCGACUGCCAAUCCGUUCAGCACCAUCAAUCCCGUGCUGGCGACAGUGGCAGCCGCGGUACAAAGAAGCUUCAAUUCCAGUACACCCAACACCACGCAAAGGACUCUGUUACAGCCUAAUCGCAUCUCGCCGAGCAAUCAGAUGAAGCAACGUACAAACGACAGACCGCAGCUCCCGAAUGUAUUUAUAAACUCGGCGAAAUCGACCAUGGCUCGAUCUUCCAAGUCCACCCAGAGUAAAAACAGCUCGACGGUAGGGCAGAAUGGUAGCGACGCGACCAUAGAUAUGACGAACGACAACGUCGUUGAUAUGUCGUCCCCUUACUCGCCGGGAUCGACCUUGAGCGAUGGACUGUUCGACCCGCCCAGCCCCGCCAACUUCAAUAAUUCGCCCAGUGCUAAUGCACCACCACCCGCCGCUGUUAAAACUAGCACGCCCAAGGUCAAUAAGGGCACGGAGAAGAAGGACCCGUUUGACGCAUUGUUCAGCGGACUACUGCCGCCUAUUAAGACUGCCACGAAAAGCAAAAGCAAAAAGGUCGCCAAGGAAAAGUCGAAGAAGUCUACCAAUCCUAAGGUUGGCGUACGCAUGGAUGAGAAUCAGCUUCAAAUCCUGGAUGAUCUUCCUAGCUCUGCUGUAGAGAUGCAAGUUAAAGACAAGUUUCUUAAGAAACUAAAUCGACAAGAGAGAGUUGUGGAGGAAGUGAAAUUGGUUCUCAAGCCCCAUUAUACCAAAAAGCACAUUACAAAAGAGGAAUACAAAGAUAUUAUGCGCAAAGCAGUACCUAAGAUAUGCCAUAAUAAAACGGGCGAGAUUAAUCCCAAAAAGAUAGCCCAUCUAAUAGAAGCGUACGUAAAGAAGUGUCGAAACAACAAGAAGAAGACUUCUUCCGCUCCCAAGAUAACAAAACCUGCGAAGACUCUAUGGAGUUGAUCACGUGUUGGCAAUCCCAACGUAUUAGAAACUUCUCCAACGUUAGGCCUCUCUUUAGACCACGCGUAAAACACAUUCUAUCUUCUGGAUGGUAAGUGGAAUUAAAGGUGUGCAUACAUACACACAUAUGUAUGCAUAUAUCUAUACAUCUAUCGAUGAACGAAACAUGUGUGUACAUACAUAAUUCAGUAAUUGUAUAAGCGUAAUACUUUUAUUUAUCUAAUUGUUCAAAUACGAAAGAGUUCGUGAUUGCUAUUAUUAUUAUUAUUCGCAAAAAUAUUAACGUGUAGGCACGUUCGCGCGUAGACAUUUAAAUGCGCAUUCGCGACGGCACUCGACGACGUAUGGCCUCUGUCCGAAAUACGUCCGUACAUCAUUGCAACGUCUCGGACGAUGAGCUCUGAUCACGAUCAACGAUCCUCUCUGCUAAGCUAAUUAGGAAACAUACUGUGCGCAGAUAAGACAUAGUGUCAUUGUAUAAUUAAAAGGAAAAAAAGGAAGAAGAGACGGAUAACAAAAGAGAAAAAAAACGCUCAAUUCGAGUCGCUACUUAUGAGGGAGGAGGCAAGUCGCAGCACAGGUGUAUUUUCCCAGCAGCUGCGCUGUAAAAUCAGUAGAGAUCCUUAAACCUAGAUUAGUAGACUUAAAGAAACCUUUAUAUAAGCGGAAAAUGGCCUGCGAGGAUCUUUUUCAUACGAAUACAUUUCCAUAAGCAGGAUACUUGAUAUUUUAUUUCACUCUAUUCGUAUUUUGUAAAACGGACAAGUACGAGACACACAUACACGCGCAUACACAUACACACACGCAUACACACAUACACACAGUUCUGAUAACUGCGACUUCAGAAUGUAAAUAAAUACUGUAUAAAAUUGCCGAACGUUGUCCCUGUAUGUGAAAUUGACUUGAGUUUGUGUUUUGUUAUGCGUUCGCUUGUGAUUCGUGUCUGUACGCCCGAUAUACAAGAGAGGUUUUUACAUUACAUCCCGAUGCCGUGAGAUAACGUGGAUUUUUAUUCACCAAUUCCGUUCCACUUGUGCGUUUUCAGGAAGGAAGAAGUGCUUACUAUCUUAAAGAAAAAAAACCGUAACCCGUAUUCAUGUCUCGCCUUUAGCGCUAAUUACAGCACAUAGUUCACAUGAUAUGCCUCUGUUAUGUACAUGUAUAUACAAACAUAUAUGCAUAUAUAUGAUAGCAUUACAUAUGUGUGAUCUUGACAAUUUGCUUGAGAUGAUACUAAUAAGAUGUAAAAUUAGACGAGAUCUUGUCGAGGACGAGCGAGACGUGAACGUGACGAUGCUCGUAAGAGGACGGGACGAGGUCACUGCGGGAAAUAGCUUUCGUUUUUCCCAGAGGUAUUCAAUGUAAGCAACAAUUGGUGCACACCCUCGUAGGAUACAAGCGUGUUGCGUUUCGAGCGUCAGCGCACAGGUAUUUUUCGAACCGACGAGAACGUAACGAAAAUUUAAAUGUCGGCGCAACAUCCCGUGGAUAAUUCGCUCGUCCAACCUGGUUGCAACAAUGGCGCGCCGUAGAGAUCGUAAUCUCGAGAAGAUGUCGUUCACACAACUACAUACGUAUUGUCUGCAAUUAAUAAAUGCAUAUUGUAUUAGCUGCCUUGUGACAUUCUGUUGUAUGUACAUUUUACAGUCAAAUUGUACGCUCAUAUCGUACGGAAGUAUACUGUGUGUGGAUAGGUUUUAUACUUUUUACGCACGAUAGGCGAAAUUACAUCCUCUCUUUGGAACGUAUAAAGAUUCAAUAUAUAUAUAUAUAUAUUGAAAACAUAGGCACUGGCUGAGGUGAAUUUAAGCAAGACACGUGACGAUCCGUAUAAUAGGAAAUACAUUAUCAGUGAUCACACAUCGAUAUUCAUAAUAUAAUGAUCGCAUCGGUGGUCAUUACGUUCAGUAAACAUGAUGUUAAAUCCAUCGUUAAUUAAACCGUCGUUAAUUCUUGUGUGCAUCAACUCUCUUUUGUACUAAAUAGCAAUGUACAUAAACGAAAGGAGAAUAAAGAGUUUAAUAUUAUCGAA